CUCAGCGGCUGCCGCCGGUGACUUUUCCCGUUUGCAGUGCCAUGUGUGUCUGACCCACGUGAAGUGUGCAACGUGAAUUCGUUAUUCAAAAAUACGUGUAACCAAACUUAACUCGCCAAGAUGAGUACGGUCCUCGAAAAAAUAGCGGCCAUCGAGGCCGAGAUGGCCCGUACCCAACGGAACAAGGCAACUAUGGGCCACUUGGGUCUCUUGAAAGCUCGACUGGCCAAGCUUCGACGGGAGCUGAUCACGCCGAAGGGUGGAGGCGGUGGACCUGGCGAGGGCUUUGACGUCGCCAAGACUGGUGACGCCAGGAUAGGUUUCGUGGGGUUCCCAUCGGUGGGCAAGUCUACGCUCAUGAACACACUGGCGGGUGUUUUCUCCGAGGUGGCUGCCUACGAGUUCACCACGCUGACCACUGUGCCGGGUGUCAUAAAGUACAAGGGGGCGAAGAUUCAGCUGCUUGACCUACCAGGAAUCAUCGAAGGAGCCAAGGACGGAAAGGGUCGAGGUCGACAGGUUAUUGCUGUCGCCCGGACGUGCAGCCUUAUCUUCAUUGUGCUGGACGUGCUGAAACCCCUCCAGCACAAGCGCAUCUUGGAGCGAGAGGUAGAAGGCUUCGGCAUCCGGCUAAACAAGGAGCCUCCGGCGAUCACGCUUCGGCGAAAGGACAAAGGUGGCAUCAACCUGCAGAUGCUGGUGCCCCAGUCAGAGCUAGACAUGGACACAGUGAAGACCAUUUUGUCUGAAUACAAGAUCCACAACGCUGACAUCACGCUACGGUGUGAUGCCAGUUCUGAUGACCUGAUUGACGUGAUUGAAGGGAACCGCAUCUAUAUCCCCUGCAUCUAUGUACUCAACAAGAUCGACCAAAUUUCUGUUGAAGAACUGGACAUCAUCUACAAGAUCCCCCACUGUGUUCCGAUCUCUGCUCAUCAUAAAUGGAAUUUCGAUGACCUUCUAGAAAAGGCCUGGUCUUACCUGAAGCUUAUACGCAUAUACACCAAACCAAAAGGGCAGCUACCGGACUACGAAGCACCAGUCAUUUUAAGCCAGGACAGAAAAACGGUGGAAGACUUCUGUAACAAGCUGCACCGCACCAUUAUGAAGGAGUUCAAGUGUGCUUUGGUAUGGGGCUCCUCGGUGAAGCACAAUCCACAGAAAGUGGGCAAGGAGCACGUAUUAAAUGACGAGGAUGUUGUCCAGGUGGUGAAGAGGGUAUGACAUAGAUGCUGCGACGAGCGGUGCCCGAGGGUGUGCUGGUUUGUGAGAAGUGAGGACUUGCAAUUCGUGCUGGUAGUGGCAUCGUCUCAGACUUUCAAGCUCAACACAACUGCUGGUGUACAUAUGACACAGUCACAAUUGUGCCCGAAUGAGAACAACGUGGUCGUUCCCCAUAUCUUCUAUGACAGCCCGCCUUGGCUCCCAUAGUGAAAGGGAAAAAAUACUGCGAAAAACUCUUCCCGCACUUUCGGGACGCGUAACGACUGUGGGAAAUGGUAGACGGUGAGAAUUCGUAUGACUGCUUCUUUUUUUAACACAUAGUACUGGAGGUUCUCUUGAAUUUCCUGCGCAUUUUGCAUUAGUUGCAGACAACUGCACUUUGUUAUUUGUUUCUGCAGUGUGUGUUAGUGGCGAUCGUAACCUGCCGUUCGCUUUGCGCUUCGUGGAAAGACCUUAUUGUAAACGAAUUGACAGAAUUCCUUGUAAUUUUUAGGAAUUCUAAGCUAAGGUACAUGGACACUGUGCUGAGCAUGGCAAGGUUAUUCUGUGCCAAUGCGGGAAUACCAGCGAAAUGUCUGGAACUAAUUCACUCUGUUCCAAGUGAAUCAAAUGGACUUACUGUGUGCACAGUGCUUGAAAGGGAACGCAAUAUAUUUGUGUUCAUUGCUCAUGACUUUUUAGCCACACCAAUGAAAUUAGGAAAGUCCUGCAAGGGCACUAUAUGACAACUCUGUGUCUUUUAACCGAAAGCAAA